UCCCGAGCCCCCUCCCGCGGCCGACCCGGGGCCCCGCCCGGGCUUCUGGAGUCCGGCGCCCCGCGACCCGGCGCCGCCGGGCCCGACAUGCUGCCCGACUGCCUGUCGGCCGAGGACGAGCAGCGCUGCCGGCGGCUGCUGGCGGCGGCCACGGCCCGGCUCCGUUCACGGCCCGCGGCGGCCGCGGUACUCGUGCCGCUGUGCUCGGUGCGCGGGGUUCCCGCGCUGCUCUACACGCUGCGCUCCAGCCGCCUGGCCGGGAAGCACAAGGGCGACGUCAGCUUCCCAGGUGGCAAGUGUGACCCCACGGACCAGGACGUGGUGGACACGGCCCUGAGGGAGACCCGGGAGGAGCUGGGCCUGGCGGUGCCCCCCGAGCAGGUGUGGGGAGCCCUGCAGCCCCUAUACGACCAGAAAAAGACCACGGUGGUCCCCAUCCUUGCCAGCGUGGGCCCACUGGACCCCCAGAGCCUAAGGCCCAACCCUGAUGAGGUGGACGAGGUGUUUGCGCUGCCCUUGGCGCACCUGCUGCAGUCCCAGAACCAGGGCUACACGCACUUCUGCAAGGAGGGGCGUUUCAGCUACACGCUGCCCGUCUUCCUGCACGGCCCCCACCGCGUCUGGGGCAUCACCGCGGUCAUCACUGAGUUCAGCCUGCAGCUGCUGGUUCCCGGCACCUACCAGCCUCGCCUCGUCGCCCCCAAGUGGUCUAGGGGCUGAGGCCGGGCCCCCAGCAGCACCCACCAUGGUCCUGCCAGGCUGCCUGCACUUCAGCACUGAAUAAAGCGCUUUCACCUAC